AUGAUAAAGAAUCCAGAUUAUACAAAUUUUGUUUGUUGUGCUGUUUGUAAUAAAAUAGUUCCACCAGCCCCUUUUGGGGACACCUUCAAGCAGAUCUAUGAAUACAAGCCAUUUAAGACCCGCUUUUACACUCACAAAGAUAUACUGGAUAUUGGGGCAAAUAUUCUGAAGCACGAAGAGCAGUUUCGAGAGGAAAAACUCAAAGAAAGAAUUGCAAAAGCAGAAGCUAAAGUAUGGGAUCAGGCCAAUGAACUCCAGAAACAAGCAGUAGAGAAAGCACUGGAAGAUGCGGAUGCCAGACACAAAUUCGAAAUUCGGGUUUUGGAAGAGAAACAUCAAAAAGAUUUACAGGAUUUAGAAGCUAAAACCAAGGUGCAGAUGUUUAAAAACAUGGAUGUACAAAUGCAGCGAGAACACGAGGCUGCAGAACAACGUAUGGUCCACAGAAUUCAGAGGAUCAUGAUGGAGUGCCACAAGGAGAAGCUGGAGGCUGUGAAGAAAGCCAGGGAGGAAGAAAGGCUCAUCGCCAAGGAAGCAAUAAUGAAUCAGAGAUGCAAGGCCAUGGAGGAGUUCCUGACUAGUGGUGUGACAGCUAUGAAGGACCAAAAGGAGAACAUGGGCCGGCUGAUAAAGGCCAAGGAACAUGAAAUGAAUGUGUACUAUGGCAUGGCUCAGAAGCAGAAGCAAGAAGAGGUGCAGGUGGUACUGCAGGAAGCCGAGAAGACACAUCAGGUCAUGCUUGGCACUGUGAAGAAUAAGCUGGUGAACACCCAGGAUGAGCUGCUGUCUGUAGCCAAACAACUGGGAAUCAUGACCAACUGGAAGAAUUUCCUGGAGGAGGAAUUGGAGGAGACCAGAGAAGCAUUUCAAAAGUACAUCAAUUACACGUUCCCUAAGCUUUCACCAGGACAUGCUGAUUUUAUUCUGCCAUCAAGGAAGCAAACACCUUCCGAUCUUGUUAUUAAGGAGGAUGAACCAGUUUUUGAUUAG